AUGUCAACAGUGCUGCAGAAGAUCGCCGAGGUGGAAAAUGAAAUAGCGCGGACGCAAAAGAACAAGGCAACAAAUUAUCACCUGGGGUUGCUGAAGGCCAAGCUCGCAAAGCUUAGGGGGCAGCUUAUCGAGGGCAGCUGCAAGCGGGGAGGCGGCGGAGGGGAAGGGUUCGAUGUUUCAAAGACGGGAGAUGCAAGAGUCGGACUCGUAGGAUUUCCAUCCGUUGGAAAGAGCACGCUGCUCAACAAACUUACAGGUCUGAAGGCGCUGGUACUGCCGUGUACCCCUGCUGCCUCUGGCUCCUUUGCAGGAACUUUCAGCGAAGUUGCCGCUUAUGAGUUCACUACUCUUACAUGUGUUCCUGGCGUCUUCAAGUACAAGGGUGCCAAAGUGCAGCUGUUAGAUCUGCCGGGGAUCAUCGAGGGGGCGAAGGAUGGCAAGGGUCGUGGCCGUCAGGUUAUUGCUGUCGCACGGACGUGCUCUCUCAUUUUAAUUGUACUUGACGUUUUGAAGCCGUUGGUCCAUAAGCGGAUCAUUGAGAAAGAGCUCGAGGGAUUUGGCAUCCGGCUCAACAAGAAACCUCCAAAUAUAUCUCUUACAAAAAAGGAUAAGGGCGGAAUUAGCGUCACACAUACGGUGCCUUUGACUCACCUGGAUGAAGAAACGGUUCGAUCUAUCUGCCAAGAAUACCGCAUCAUGAAUGCCCAAGUAGCUCUCCGUUGCGACGCCACAGCUGACGAAUUGAUCGACGUCAUAGAGGGCAACCGGCUAUACGUUCCCUGCGUGUAUGCAAUAAACAAAAUAGAUCAAAUUACCAUCGAGGAACUCGAUAUUCUGCAACAAGUCCCCCACUACGUCCCUAUUUCGGCGCAAAUGGAGCUAAAUUUGGAUGGCCUCCUCGAGAAGAUCUGGGAGUAUCUCGACCUGGUUCGCGUCUACACGAAGCCGAAGGGCCAGAUUCCGGAUUACACGGCACCCGUUAUUCUGAAUUCUAGCCGAUCAAAGGUGGAAGACUUCUGCAUGAGAAUUCAUAAGUCUCUCCUUGAAGAGUUCAAGCAGGCCAUCGUGUGGGGAAAGAGCGUUAAGCAUAACCCACAAAAGGUCGGACGCGAACACCAACUUGUCGAUGAAGACGUCGUUCAGAUAAUCAAAAAAUGA